CUGCUCGAGGCGCGUUCAGGCACGCGAGGGCGAGCAUAUCACAGCUCGCGCAUUAGCCAGAGUUCCAGAAAACGUUCGCAGGGCCGCCAUCGUGUGAGCCCGCAAGCCAUGGCUGAGGAUAAGAGCCCGGACCAGCAACGCCGCCAGUCAUCGUCGGUGGGUUCGCUGCCCGUUGGGCGCGCUAACGACCAGGGACGCCGGCAGCCACACGUCGAGGACGCUCGCAGUAAGGCGGCCUCUAGCUACGCGCUGCCCUGCCCGCCGGACUCGAGGCGCCGGCUGUCCCGGGACGUGAUCUCCAAAUCACUCGGGGCGCACGACUAUCGCUACGUGCAGCAUGCCUCACCGACGGUUGCUUCUGUUGCUACGGGACGCGCAAGCUACGCGGCUCUAGGUCACUACCCGCAGGUUGCCAGGGAGUACGUGGCCGGCCCGCAGCAUGCCAGGGGCUAUGGGCCACGCGAGUACCAGGCGGGAGGCUACUAUGUGCCCGAGCACCCAUACGUCCCCGGCGUGGUUGCCUAUCCGGCCAUGGGCUCGUAUGACUGGAAAGCGAGUCCAGGAACUCAGCGCGGCCCGGAGUUGGCCACCCCGCAGGACAGCAAGGCUCGCCAGCCCGUGGUGACGCACGUGGGCAUGAUGCACCAGGCCGGGGACGUGGCCGGACCGGCCGCUACGCUGCCCGCCAAGCAGCAGGCCUCACCCGGCCAGAAUGGCUCACCCGGCCUGAAUGGCUCACCCGGAGAGGCCGCUGCCGAGUCCGACUGGUCCCCCACGAAGGAGCUCUUGAAGGAGGACUCGCGCUCCGCCGUUUACUAUGCUGGCGCUGCCUCGGAGGGCUCGAGCGAGCACCAUGACAAACCUAAUGAGAGCAGCUUGAGCUCGAUUUCAUCGAUGAGCACCAGUGGAUCAAGCGAGAGCACUGCUGAGUCGGAGCCACCACAGCAACCGGUGCCAUCUCAGCACUCCGUGCCAAUCGAUCAGGCUCCACCGCCACCUCAGGUUAUCCACCAGAUGCAGAAAAUGCAGGAAAUGCAACAAAUGCAGCAGAUGCAGCACAUGCGAGAACAGAUGCAGCCGCAGCAAUUCCACCAGCCGCAGCCGGCACGUCAGCAAGACGACCCGCAGAAGCCUGCCCCACAGCACGCUCCGCGCAUCAAGGAUAUUCGAGUCGAUACAGCAGGGCGCGUGGCCUCUGUGCUGCCGGUGCCUCCGGUGGGACCUCCGCCUGGCUACUUCGCUCGGCCGUCUCGUGAGCCGAGCUCCUCCCGCACAAAAGACACAGACAGCCGCAGCCAGUUCUCGGUGGCCAGCCUGGCCGCUCCGCUACUGCCAGCAUCGGCCGCUUCACUGGCCAACCGCAGCGCCAUGGAGCAGGCCUGCAUUCUGGUAAACGUGGUACUGCUCAGUGUCCUGACUGGCAUCGUGGCAGCUUUCCUGGUGCGCCAGCUGACCUGAAUGCCUCGACAGGCAGCCAUCCCACCUCGCCGCCAGACGGAGCACCCUUCGCUUACUUUCUGCUCGUCUCUCCUCGUGGGAUGAAUAAAACUUUUCUUUUCCCGGCUUGUCUA